UCUCGGUCAAUCUGCCAUGGCUGCUCUUGGAGCUUCUGGGUGCUUGCAGGGCGGGCGAACUCUAGUAGCUUCUCUCAUUCCCAGAUGGUCGCACCUGAGCCGAACCCUGUUGGGACGGCGCGGGCUCUGCCAGGGCUCGGAGGCGGAUGAAAACAGAUCUAAUAUCACGCAGCCUAGCUUUAUGGAUGAAAGAGUUCAAAAGCUGCUCUAUCAGAUGACUGGGCUGGAUUUGCAGAAGAUAUUUAAGCCCAUAAAACAGGAACUUGAGCCUCCAAAGUACAAGCUCAUGACAGAAUUGCAACUGGAGGAGGCUACAAGGCAAGCUGUUGAGAAGGCCAGAGAGAGGUUGCAAAUGCCACCUGUAUUAAGUGAGCGGGCCCCAAUUAAUGAUGUACUAUCAGAAGACAAGAUUCUUGAUGGAAUUGAACCUUACAAAUACGUAUUUACAGACUUGACAUAUGAUACCUCGCACCGGGAACGUUUCAUUGUAGUUCGAGAAACGAAUGGGGUAUUACGCAAGGCCACUUGGGAAGAACGGGACAGGAUGAUACAAAUCUUCUUCCCCAGAGAAGGCCGUGACAUUAUCCCUUCACCUCUAUUCAAGAAUGAAAACCUUACGACUGUGUUUCUUCAGGACUGUCAUGAAAAGCUCCUUGAUCACUGCAUUGUGCAAUUUGAGCCAGACUCACCUGACUACAUCAGGGUUCAUCAACGGACAUAUGAGGAUAUUGAUAAGCAUGCAAAGUAUGACCUCCUGCGUUCUACAAGACACUUUGGAGGAAUGGUAUGGUACCUUGUAAAUAGGAAGAGGACAGAUGGGUUGCUGAUGGACAUGAUUCAAAGGGAUUUGUUGGAUGAUGCUACAAGCCUAGUCACCCUUUAUCACAUGCUCCAUCCUGACUGCCAAUCCGCAAGAGAAGCGCAAGAGCAAGAUCUCAAAGGAUUAGAUUUAAUUAAGACAUUUGUGAAGACAGAAGUACAGAGAGCUGGAUAUAUUGAAUUGGCGCUUCAGGCUUAUCAAGAAGCUUUGCCUCAGUCUGAAGCUUCAUAGAGUGAUCAAGUUAAUCCAUUUCAUGUGAUGUCUAAAAUGUACAUAGAACUUAAAUAAAACAUUGUCACUGUA